AUGAGUUAUUGGAGCCUGGAUAAGAAAAGUUGUCUGCAGUACUGCAGACAUUUUUUAGUGGACAAUGGCGUAUUUCAUGUUGAAAGAUGUAUGAGUGUAAUGCAGUCUGGGACUCAGAUGAUUAAGCUGAAGAGUGGAACAAAAGGGCUAGUACGUCUCUUUUACCUGGAUGAACACAGGACUUGCAUCAGAUGGAGACCGUCCAGAAAAAGUGAAAAGGCUAAAAUUGUAAUUGAUUCAAUUUACAAAGUGACAGAAGGCCGACAGUCUGAAAUAUUCCAUCGCCAUACCGAGGGGAACUUUGACCCAAGUUGCUGCUUUACCAUUUACCAUGGUAACCACAUGGAGUCACUAGAUCUGAUCACCUCUAAUCCAGAGGAGGCUCGCACCUGGAUCACAGGACUUAAGUAUUUGAUGGCUGGAAUAAGUGAUGAGGAUUCUCUUGCUAAACGACAAAGAACUCAUGAUCACUGGGUGAAACAGACCUUUGAGGAAGCUGAUAAGAACGGAGAUGGCUUGUUGAAUAUUGAAGAGAUCCACCAGUUGAUGCAUAAACUGAAUGUCAAUCUGCCCCGCAGAAAAGUGCGACAGAUGUUCCAGGAAGCUGACACAGAUGAGAAUCAGGGAACCCUAACAUUUGAAGAAUUCUCUGUGUUUUACAAGAUGAUGUCAUUACGACGCGAUCUCUACUUGUUGCUUUUGAGCUACAGCGAUAAGAAAGAUCAUCUCACUGUUGAAGAAUUUGCUCAGUUUCUGAAGAUGGAACAAAAGAUGAAUAAUGUGACCACAGAAUAUUGCCUUGACAUCAUAAGGAAGUUUGAAGUUUCAGAAGAAAACAAGGAGCAAAAUGUUCUGGGGAUAGAAGGUUUCACCAGCUUCAUGCGCAGUUCUGCUUGUGAUAUAUUUAACCCGUUGCAUUCUGAAGUCCACCAGGAUAUGGAUCAGCCCCUUUGUAACUACUAUAUUGCUUCAUCUCACAAUACAUACCUGACAGGAGACCAACUUCUAUCUCAGUCCAAAGUGGAGAUGUAUGCCCGGGUGUUGCAGGAUGGUUGUCGAUGUGUUGAAGUUGACUGCUGGGAUGGUCCAGAUGGAGAGCCAGUAGUGCACCAUGGUUAUACCUUUACUUCCAAAAUACUCUUCAGAGAUGUGGUAGAAGCUAUCAAUAAAAAUGCCUUUGUCAAAAAUGAGUUUCCGGUGGUAUUGUCUAUUGAGAAUCACUGUAGUAUCCAGCAGCAAAAGAAGAUUGCUCAGUACCUCAUGGAAAUAUUCAGUGACAAACUGGACUUGUCAUCUAUAAUCGCUGGAGAUUCCAAGCAGCUUCCUAGCCCUCAAAGUUUGAAAGGCAAAAUCCUAGUGAAGGGAAAGAAACUACCAUAUAACCUUGGAGCUGAUGCUGAAGAAGGGGAGGUUUCUGAUGAAGACAGUGCUGAUGAAAUUGAAGAUGACUGCAAGUUAAAGCUCUGUUAUAGUAAUGGUACAACUGAGCACCAGAUGGAAUCUUUUAUAAGAAAGAAACUUGAAUCACUGAUAAAAGAAUCUCAAAUCCGGGACAAAGAAGACCCUGACAGUUUCACCGUGAAAGCGCUGUUAAAGGCGACACAUGAGGGCUUAAAUGUAAACCUGAAACAGAACCGAGACACAAAAGAAAGUGGGAAGAAAUCCCGUAGCCGCUCAUUAAUGGGCAAUUUUGGGAAAUACAAGAAAGCUGUCAAAUCAAGGUCCAAAUCUCAUAGCACAUCUGAUGAUGAAGAAAGUCAACAAAAUUCUUCUGGAAAGGAAACUGGGCAGUUGUACAGGUUGGGCCGCCGGAGAAAAACCAUGAAGCUGUGCCGUGCUCUUUCUGAUUUAGUGGUGUACACAAACUCUGUGGCAGCCCAAGAUAUAGUAGAUGAUGGGACUAUGGGAAAUGUGUUGUCAUUCAGUGAAACAAGGGCCCACCAGGUAGUGCAGCAGAAGUCUGAGCAGUUUAUACUUUACAACCAGAAACAGCUCACCAGAAUCUAUCCAUCUGCAUAUCGGAUUGACUCCAGCAAUUUCAACCCCUUACCGUACUGGAAUGCUGGUUGCCAGCUGGUGGCAUUAAACUACCAGUCUGAUGGGCGCAUGAUGCAGGUUAAUCAAGCAAAGUUCAGGAUGAAUGGCAACUGUGGGUAUGUCCUCAAACCGCAGCAGAUGUGCAAAGGUACAUUCAACCCUUAUUCCGGUGAUCCACUUCCUGCCAACCCUAAAAAGCAGCUUAUUCUCAAAGUCAUCAGUGGACAGCAACUACCUAAGCCUCCAGAUUCAGUAUUAGGAGACAGAGGGGAGAUAAUAGAUCCUUUUGUCGAGGUGGAAAUUAUUGGGUUACCUGUAGAUUGCUGUAAAGACCAGACCAGAGUGGUUGAUGACAAUGGAUUUAACCCUGUUUGGGAGGAAACUCUCACUUUUACCAUCCACAUGCCUGAAAUAGCUUUGGUUCGAUUUCUUGUUUGGGACCAUGAUCCUAUUGGUCGAGAUUUUGUUGGACAACGAACUGUGGCCUUCAACAGUCUUGUGCCUGGCUAUCGUCAUGUCUACUUAGAGGGACUAACUGAAGCAUCCAUAUUUGUCCAUAUAACAAUCAAUGAAAUGUAUGGAAAGUGGAGUCCUUUAAUCCUCAAUCCCAGUUAUACUAUAUUGCACUUUCUAGGAGCCACUAAGAAUAAGCAGCUGAUAGGACUCAAAGGGUUGUUUAACAAGAAUCCCAAACACAAUUCUGCUGAAAACAAUGGGCAUUACGUGCGGAAACGAUCAAUUGGUGAUCGAAUUCUCCGACGCACAGCCAGUGCUCCGGCAAAAGGCAGGAAGAAGAGCAAAAUGGGCUUUCAGGAAGCUACGGAAAUUAAAGACGGUACCUCUGAGCUAACAGACAUGAAAGACAAGGAAGGAGUUAUAAGGCGUACAACCAGGAGUUUGCAAGCACGUCCUGCUUCUAUGCCAGUUGAUAAAUUCCUUCUGAUGGGAUUGUCUUCACCAGAAUGUGAAACGAUUAAAGAUACCAAAAGAGAAGAAAAUACCUCUGCAGAUAGCAACAAUGGUACAAGUGUGAACCAAACAAACUUGAAAGAACAUACCUUUUCAUCCCCUGAGCAAGCUGCACCUUCUUCAAAUUCUACAUCUCUGCAUAAAAACGCUACUUCCCAGAGUGACACCAGAAUUGGCAGUUCUACAGAAUCACCUGUACAUGAACAUGCAGAAAGCUUUGACUUUGUAAGUGGGAUAGCUGAAACAAAUCACUCCACAGAAUAUCAGAAAAGUCACCUUUCCAAUGAACCUGUUCAUAUAAGGCAGGAUUCAGUUUUUGAUCUUGAUACAGAAAAAAUACAAGAUACAAAUUACACAGAUGAAAAGAGAGAAGAGGAGACUGGAGGAUGUAAAAAGGAGAAAAAAAUACUGUCAGGAAGUUGUGUUUCUGGAAAGAAACAGGAGUUUGACAAUAAUAAAUAUGAUGUCAUUAUGAGCAGUACUGUAACCACUUUUUCACUGACUGAUAUAUCUUCCACCAUCUGUUCUGACAACUACGAUUUGCACUCGACUGCAGCUCUGCAAGAUAGUGAUGUUUCUCGUCUCAUAGAUGAGGUUUCUUUGACAAACGAGAGCGAGAUGAGUAGUUCUGUCUCAGCACUGAUUGGACAGUUUGAUGUUACAGAUGACCGAACUAAUCUGACUGUUGUUUCAAGUCUUCAUGGCACCAACAACCAAACCUUCAGUGUGGUGUCGGCACAUCCACACAUGUUUACUGUUGAUCUAAGUACACCCCUUAAACAAAACUUUACCAAUGUAAAAUCUGUUGAAGCACCAUUAUUCUCAACACCAGAUACUGCUAUGUUCUCCAGCCCUGAGACGACAGAGUAUUCUGUGUACACAAUUAUCCACGAGGCAUCUCUUUCACCAGCCUCUGAUUGUAAACCAAUAGAUGAACGAGCUCGCAAGAAGUCAGACUGUGUGGAAAAUAGCCUUCCAGUGUCCCCUUGCACUUCCCCUCUCCAUUUGCUAACAGCAAAUCCCAAAAGGAAGUGUGGAACAAAUUGGGAAACCCUUGAGGAUUGCAGUUCCUACACUUUGGAGGAUACAAUAGUUGACCCUCCUGCUUGUAUAACCUCAGCAGGCAGCAGUCUUAUGGAAGUCGAUGGGGAUUCCCAAGACCUCCUGAUAACUGCAUAUGAAUUCAAGAGAGAAGAUAUGAGCCAACUUGCUGCUUCUUUGAAACUGAAGCAUAAUCAGGACUCAGUACACUACUGUGAGAGAAUCUCUGGGAAUAAUUUAAUCAAUGAGGACCCUCACAGUGCUGCCCUGGAUAAUUCAAAUAAUUUUAGGACUGCAAGAACUCAAAGUUUUCCUUACCCAGCAUUUCAGAGUGUUGGCUUUUUGCAUAAUAAUUAUCUGCAAACUUUAGAUACACAAAAUGAUUUGUUGUAUGUCUCCCAAAGAUCCAGACUUAAUAUGCAUUCACCUACACCCAAGAACACUUUGCCCUACCCUCCUACUGCAGCCGUCAAACAGCCUAGUCCUUGCAAAUCCAAGAGCCUGGGAGACUUGACAUCAGAGGAUAUCUCCUGCAAUUUUGAAAGCAAGUACAAAUACAUAAGUAGAAGCUUUAUUACAUCUGGCAUGAGAGACAAGAAAGUUGCAGCUAUGAAAACUAAGAGACCACAAUCUACGGACACUCUGACAGAACAAUUGCGAAAACUGGUGUCCUUUGACCAGGAAGACAACUGUCAAACUUUGUAUUCUAAGCAGAAUGACGAUGAUUGCCCCAAGGCAUUGGUCAGAAAACUGUCAUCCAGAAGUCAAAGCAGAGUACGCAAUAUUGCUAGUCGUGCCAAGGAAAAACAAGAAGCCAACAAGCAAAAACUUUCUAAUGCUAGCAGCAUAGCAGGGGUAGUUUUAAGAAACAAACCAUCAGUAUCAGCUCAUGUUAUCAACAGGCAUUCCACUGGCUCUUACAUAGCAAGAUACCUGAAUGACUUCAGUGGGGAGGAUCUAGAAGGUCGGGGUGUACCAGAGGGCGCAUGUACUUCUUUGCGUUAUGGAUGCAAUGACCAGUUUUGUACAGAUGAUUCCGUUUUGCAGAUGGAGCCAAGCAGUGAUGAUAAACCAGAAAUUUAUUUCCUUCUGAGACUGUAA